AUGCCGCUCCGUGUCAAUAUCCCUCCUGCAACCCGGAUUCUGCUCAUCAGCCUUCUUACUUUGUCUUUGCUGUACAACAUUGCCAGAUGGCGAGGUCUCGACUACAGCCGCGGCGCAGUACCACCGAUCAUUCCCUAUCUCACCCUUGUUCCCUCUAUGUUCUACAAGUACCCGUGGACCCUUGUGACCGCAACUAUCGUCGAGCAGAACAUCUUUACCGUUCUGCUGAAUGCCGCGACCGUCUUCUACGGCGGCAAAUACCUGGAGCGCGCGUGGGGUUCCCGCGAGUUCAGUCAGUUUAUUGGGGUGAUCAUUCUACUUCCUAAUGUCCUGAUUGUUCCCAUCUACCUCAUCUGGGGUGCGGCCUUGGGCCAAGAGUCUCGAAGCCUCACUCAGAUCUGUGGCGGUGUUGCUAUCCAAGCCUCUUUCCUGGUCGCGUUCAAGCAACUCGUACCCGAACACACGGUCACCAUAUUCAAGGGCCUCGUAAAAAUGCGCGUUAAGCAUUUCCCUGCGCUUUUCUUGCUCCUCAACACCAUGAGCGGAUUUCUACUGGGGACUGACACUGCAGCGUGGUUAGGUUGGCUGGGACUUUUGACCAGCUGGAGCUACCUCCGGUUCUACAAACAGCAACCUGAUCUCACCGGGCUAUCCACAAGUGGCCAAAGUAUUCGUGGCGAUGCAAGCGAGACUUUCGCAUUCGCAUGUUUAUUUCCCGACGUGAUGCAACCUCCGAUCGCAUUCGUGGCUGACCAGAUUUACCACUUGCUAGUGACGGUGAAGAUCCUUAAGCCCUUCUCGGAGGAUGAGAUUGCCUCGGGCAACCAACAGGUCCAAGCUAGAGGCGAAGCCGGUCUGCCCACGCUCUUGAGUUCCCGAGAUGGAGGUGGUCGUGGUGGAUUCUCCAAACGUGAAGAGGCCGAGCGCCGACGUGCGCUGGCUCUCAAGGCUUUAGAUAAGCGUCUGCAGGCCGCGUCAGGCAGUCGUGCCCAAGCAGGACCGUCGGGCCUUGGAGAGCCAUCGUCAAGUCCGAGCCCACGACCAACAACACCCACGCCCGCUGCGCCUGCAGAGCAGGCCAUGCUCGGAGGAACCGCAUACAACCCCGAAAACGCUUGA